GUCGGUGUGGCAAGAAGGGAAAAAGACGAUUAGACGAAUCUUCGGAGAGCAUAUUAUUAUGAGUUUUUGACGACAGAACCAAAUUCAGACAUUGACACAGAGAUCAUUCCGAGAAACAGAGAGAGAGAUGGAGUCGCCAUUCAGAGGAGACAUAUUGAAGGGAAAGGUAGCUGUGAUCACUGGAGGUGGGUCUGGAAUCGGGUUUGAGAUAUCCACACAGUUUGGCAAACAUGGAGCUUCCAUCGCAAUCAUGGGUCGUCGCAAGCAAGUGCUUGAUUCCGCUGUCUCAUAUCUCCAAUCUAUUGGAAUUCCGGCGGUUGGUUUUGAGGGUGAUGUCCGCAAGAAGGAAGAUGCAGAAAGAGUCCUCGAAUCAACUUUCAAACAUUUUGGUAGAAUUGAUAUUCUUGUGAACUCUGCAGCUGGCAAUUUUCUUUCAUCGGCAGAAGAUCUGUCACCUAAUGGAUUUCGAACAGUGAUGGAGAUUGAUGCUGUUGGCACAUUUACGAUGUGUCAUGAAGCAUUCAAGUAUCUCAAGAAAGGAGGGCUUGGAAGAAGCUCAGCUGGUGGUGGGAUGAUUUUGAACAUUAGUGCUACUUUGCAUUAUACAGCAUCAUGGUACCAAAUACAUGUAUCAGCAGCAAAGGCGGCUAUUGAUGCCCUUGGUAGGAAUUUGGCACUGGAAUGGGGAACAGACUAUGAUAUCAGAGUUAAUGGAAUUUCUCCAGGCCCCAUUGGUGACACUACCGGCAUGGAUAAACUUGCACCUCAGGAGAUUACUAACAAGUCUAGAGACUACAUGCCUUUGUAUAAAGUAGGGGAGAAGUGGGAUAUUGCUAUGGCUGCUCUCUACCUUGGAUCAGAUGCUGGAAAAUUUGUCAACGGGAUGACUCUUAUUGUUGAUGGAGGUCUUUGGCUAAGCCGCCCUCGCCAUAUGCCGAAAGAAGCAGUGAGGCAGCUAUCUCGAGUGGUGGAAAAGAGAUCAAGAGAUUCACCAGUUGGGGUCCCUUCGAGCAAGCUUUAAACAGAAGCCAUUUGUGGGGUUGCUGGUAUGCUAUAUGUUCUUUCAAGGCCUAUAUGCAAACACUCUUCAAUCUGUCAACCACGAACAUUAAAUCGUACAACUAGUUAUUUUCUUCUUCAGCUAUAGCCAAGUACUAUAAAUCACUGAUCCAAACUGUGAAGAUGAUUUUUGUGGUUUCUGCAAUCUUGCAUUGUUAGAUUCAUUAUAUUUCCAAUCCCAAGAUCUUACAGUGAUGGGAAUUCCUUGUAUUGGGUUUAUUCUAUUAUAGGCAAACAUGUAGACUUGUAGUAGAGUUACAAGAGUGCAACCUAAAGGUCACAUAUUUAACGUAAAGGCUCAGGUUUGGCUCAUUUAA